AUGGGCCCGCCGGCCGGUGACGAACCGAUUCAGGAGGUCACGUUCAACCUUGUUGGCCACACCAUGAAAAUGCAUGGGUGCCCGAAACGGAUCCUGUCUGAUCAAGGGCGGGAUUUUGUAAAUGAGCUCAAUGAUUCUCUGUGCUCUCUGCUGGGCAUUGAGAGAAGCGUCACCGCUGCGUACCACCCACAGACUAAUGGAGCUUUGAUGAAGUUGGUGAAUGAGCAGCAGAACAACUGGGACACAUUCCUUGAUGCCACACUGUUCUCUUUGAGGUCAAAGGUGCACAUCUCAACCAAACACACCCCAUUCCAGUUGAUGUAUGGGCGGGAGGCUGUGUUCCCCUCAGAGGUGCCUGUAGAUUAUCCUCAGGUGGGGGACCAUGACUGUCACCCCCUGCAGGACACUCUGCUCUGGAGAGCAGCUUCAAUUCACCAGGACACUGCCAAAUGUGACAGCUACACACCAAUGGAACUUGAGAGUGAGAAGGCGCUUGACAUACAAACAGAACAGAGCAAUGAGGGUAUGCCCCAUUGUACAAAGAAGAGCUAA